UCUCGGAUCCCAAUAUGUUUUUAGAUUUCUUAAUCCUUUUAAUAAAACCUACUUCUGUUUCAGGUCAGCUGUGACGUAGAGAAACCCCAAUUAAAAAUAAUCGGGUUUUCAAAAUUAUAAACAUGGAUAUCUAAUUCAUACUAGAUAAUCGUGUAUUGCCAUCUUUGCAUGGAGGGUCACUUGAAAUUAUGCUUACAAUCUCUUUAAAGUGCGCCCCUUACUUUCCCUGAGUGUAUUGUCAAUAUGUAUUUAAACCAACUGUUGAGGGUUUAUGACUUUGCUUUAAAGCACUUCCAGACUUAGCAUUUCUAGUGAUGGUACUUAGUCAACGGUUUGCUUGAUUAAACAUAGAUUUAAAAGUUUAUAACAAAAUAUUUAUAAAAAUAAGAAAAAUAAUAAACUUUGUUCUAAAUUUUACAUGAAGGAUUCAAAUAUUUAACUGUAAUCUCUAGUAUGAUGGAAGCAUAUACAUUAUCUAUAUAUAUAUAUGUUCCCUCUGGCCGGUCAAACGGCUGGACCGAAUGGGCUGACCUUUGUUGUGGACACACACGGGAAGUCUUUGGGUGACAUAGGCUAAAAAAAAUCUAAAUUUUUUCUUACUUCAAAAAUUCGAACUUUUUAAAACAAAUUUUUUUUCCUUCGAAAAUCCAAAAAAAAAUUCUAAAUUCGAUUCUCAAAAAUUCCACGGGCAGUGCCGGGUCUUUUAGCUAGUUAUACAUAUUUAGAAACAUUAUCUAAAAAACCGUCAAAAAUUACAUAUUGCUCCAAAAUAAAAGUAUAAUUCGUUGUUCUUUUAUAAAACAAAAUCUGCAAUGAAUGCAAUAGGGUUUUUCUGGUGGCCCGUUCCGUCUGUUUUUCACCGGAAAUACUUUAUUGUGAAGUUUAGGUUGGAGCGAGCUUCACCGAGGCAGGUUUCCUUCAUCUGUUAUUGUAAACUUCUAAAACUACUACAGUAGGGUCCGGAGCUAGGGGUCGUACUGAGAGGUUGAUAUUGGAGUUUAAAAUGAGUGAUAUUAUGUGAAAAAAUCUAUCCUGGAGACACCUGAUAAUACCAACUCAAAGUUCUAGAGCAAAUGAGCGAAUAUCCAACCCAACUUUCUGAUAUCCUGGAAACUAACCAGCCCGGGAAUGAUCUUCUCCAGAGAACGGACGGGUUUGGAAUCAUAGGUGAUGAUGAGGAUGAGAGAAGUGAUGAACCCUUGAAACCUGAUCGUGCUGAUAGUGGUAUAUCCGGUAGUGCUGGAUCUACUCCGGAACCUGAACUCAGGCUAAAUCUUGAACAGCAUAAUCUCCAGCAGGAGAACUAUGAUAUAUUUGAUCCGCAACCUGCAAAGAGUUUAAAGAAGGAGUCUAAACCUGAACCGGCUUAUUUCUCAGAUGUAUCUCCGGGUGGACAAGAGAGCAAGAGUAGACUAAAACCCCGAAUAAAAAGCGUAUCCAGAAUAAAAAAAGAUGACGGGAAAGAUGGUUUGUGGAGAAAUGAGCGAGAAAUCAGGUCUGCUGAUGAAUCUGAUUAUUGUACUGAACUGAGUAGUGGAAACAGUACAGUACAACACAAACCCUUCAAUAUAUCUGUGCCAAAGUCAAGAAACAAAAUGGAAACCAUUCUUCAAACUUCGAAUACAAAGCAAACUAAAUAUAAGAACAGAACAAAGACGACUUCAUCUGAGAAAAGUAGAAAACCUGAACUUUUCCACGACGCGAAACAAAUAGAAAAGGAAAGAAAAAAAAUGUUCCAGAAAAAGAGAUUAAAGACUAGAGAUAAGGAUCCUGGUCUGGAGCAGAGUAUACCGGCUCCAUGGGAGAUAGUACCUCCAGACCUGAAACCUGUUCCAUGGAAGCUACCUCCUAUACCACCAUUGAACCUUGGGUUGGAGGACAAGGAUGCAAUCAACCUGGAUCAAAGAACUAGGACAGGAGAUGAGAUGGAUGAGGAUGAUGAUAUAUUUGAGGCAGAGAAUCUACCUGACUAUGCUAAAACCUAUGCUCUUCCAAGACGUAUGACACGGAGAAAAUCUCAGGAUAUUUCUAUCAGACGUAAAUCCAGUGUGAGCUCUGAAUUCCAACUAAGCAUGCUCAAAACUUCCCUUAGCUUCGACCCUGGGAUUGCAGGCAAAGAGGAAAAUAACGAGCGUGGAAUACCGCGUAGAAGAAAAAAAUCUUUAGUUCCCUGUUACGCCGCUGGGGGGAUCAAAGAGUACACGGAGUACGUGAAGGAAGGAAACUUUGUACCUGGACCCAUACUAGAUCCUGAGCUAGCAAUGGACUAUGAAAUCUUCUCUAGGCGGGAUACUAGGUGUUCAGGUGAAUCAGAUCUACCUCGCUCCAAGCCGGAGAAGCGGAUAUCAUUAUCCCAAGCUUGUACAGACAUAUCCGUUCUACUCAACUCUAUAGAAGAAACCUACAAGGAAUCAGAGAAGAAGGAUAAGUUGGAUAAGAAACGGAAGCCAGCAAAUGAUUUCUAUCAGAAGGAGUUAGAGCAGGGGAAGUUUGCGGAUUUAUUGAUGUUUGGGGUUGGGAGCUCCGACUCCUCCGGGUACCAGUCAACCAGUUUAUUGGGUAGUGAAGACGACUUGUAUUCAGGAGAAGGACGAGGUGGAGGAGGAGGAGCAGACCUUCUAGAUCUUCUUGAUGAAGAAGAAAAAACUCCGAGGUUUCAAUCUUCGUUCAGUAAACCUGAGAUACUGGGAGACAAUGCUCUAGAUAUGUUUAUAGAUCGACUAAACCCGUACAACAGGCAGGCACAUCCUGCUCUGCCUAAUGUUAUGAAACAGUUAGAUGACGUCAGGAAGAAGAGAGCGGAUAAGAUGAAACUUCAAGAAGAACUGUUCCGUGUGAGGACCCAGAGAAGAGAAGCUGAAGGGCGAAGAGAAAAUCUAGUUGGUAGAGCCAGGGUUCUUCAAGCUAGAGCUAACAAACACAAAUCAAAGGCUCUACUGGACAAUGAUAAGUUAUCCGGUAUGUGGGAGGAGAAAUUGAGAGAGGAGCUCACCAAAACAGGACCCUUAGAGCAGGUUUGCUCUGCGCUAAGAGAGGAACUAGAUGAACAACAUAAAAAAAGAUUGGAAUCGUUUGAAAUCAAGAUGAAACCUAUAAUUAUUAGAGAUGGUCCCUCUCAGAAGGCUAAUUACAAGAUCUCUGCAGCUAAGAUUCAGUAUGAUAUAUUUGCAAUCAGCCAACGUCUUAGACACACAAGCUUGAGAUGCGAACAUGAGGAGAAGAGACGAGAGAUGGUUGAGAGAGAGGUUAGACUACUACGAGACAAGAUCUCCGAUCUUAAAAUCCAAAUCUCCACAAUAACCAAGGGUAUACCUAUGUCAAAAAUAGAACUAAGAGAUGACAAAAAACCCGGAGGAGCUAAACCCGACUCCAACCCUACUCCGGCUGCUAAGCUGAGUACAAGCCUGAACACUAGUUUCUCUCCAGGUCCUAAACCUAGUCUCGCGUACCUUAAAUCCCAGCAGGCAACUGCUACCCAGAUACUGCAUGAACAGAAACCAAUUCAAUCCACCUCAUAGAGACAAUACUAUAUACAUAUACACAUAAUCUCUACUCUACGCCGUUUAAUAGCUCAGAAAGUUCAAAAUAUUGUAAACAGUUUAAAAAGUGCGUAAAUUUCCCUAAAUAUCAUGAUGUUAUAUACAUGUAUGUAGAUUCUUAAAUUAUGCAAAAAUAGUUAAAAAA